CCUUCGCCCACGUGGUUCGGCUCGGGCUCAGUCCGCGGCGCCGUGAGUGGGGCCGGGUCGAGGCGCGCCCCUCUGGUCCCGGCGGGGGUGGCCGGGGUCUCUCCGACUCCCAAGGGAAAGCUUGCGGGGCGAGGAGAGAGUACGGUGGGGAAGGAAGAACUGGGGAGGUCAGAGGUCAGCCUGGGGGUCAGGGGGCGUCGGAGGUUAUCAUCGGGCGGGGCUGGAGCGCGAGGGGGCUCGGAAGGAGGUUAGAGUUCAGGAGGGACGGAGCUGGAGCGUAAGGGGUCCCGGGGGCGUCAGAGUUCAGAAGGGGCGGGGCUGGAGCGUGGGGGUUGUUUGAGUUCAGGAGGGGCGGGCUGCUGUGUAGGGAGUGCCGGGGAGGUCAGGGGUCAAGAGGGCCCGGGCAAGUGCGUCCCGGGUGAGGUCAGGGGUCGGGCGCGUGCCCCCCCCGCCCCCCCCCCGGCCCUGCAUGGGGCUCUCCAGCCUGCGGGCGGCGGCCUGGGCCCUGAGGAGAGCCAGCGGACCGUGGACCCCGCGCCUGGGACCGCGCCUCCUCUGUUUGCCCCCCAUGGCAGGGAACGGGGAGGCGCUGGCACCGGUGGGGGCCAGGCAGGAGCAGGGCACAAAGGCCCGCAGCGGCUGGCAGGGCGCGGCCAGGACCUGGGAGGAAACAGCGCAGCAGGCCAAGAAGCUCAAGAGCAGCGAGGACGGGGAGCAGCCCCGCAAGCUGCCCAAGAGGAAGAUUGUGCUGCUCAUGGCCUAUUCCGGGAAGGGCUACCACGGCAUGCAGAGGAAUGCUGGGUCCUCGCAAUUCAAGACCAUUGAAGAUGACCUGGUGUCCGCCCUGGUCCGGUCAGGCUGUAUUCCUGAGAAUCAUGGGGAAGACAUGAGGAAGAUGUCCUUCCAGCGCUGUGCUCGGACAGACAAGGGGGUGUCUGCGGCCGGCCAGGUCGUGUCCCUCAAGGUGUGGCUGGUCGACGACAUUUUAGACAAGAUCAACAGCCACCUCCCAUCUCAGAUCCGGAUACUGGGGCUGAAGAGGGUCACGGGCGGCUUCAACUCCAAGAACAAGUGCGACGCCAGGACCUACUUCUACAUGCUGCCCACGUUCGCCUUCGCGCACAAGGACCACGAUGUGCAGGACGAGACCUACCGGCUGAGCGCGGACACCUUGCGGCACGUGAACCGGCUCCUCGCCUGCUACAAGGGCACCCACAACUUCCACAACUUCACCUCGCAGAAGGGGCCCCGGGAGCCCAGCGCCCGGCGCUACAUCCUGGACAUGUUCUGCGAGGAGCCCUUCGUGCGGGAGGGCAUGGAGUUCGCGGUGAUCAAGGUCAAGGGCCAGAGCUUCAUGACGCACCAGAUCCGGAAGAUGGUGGGCCUGGUGGUGGCCAUCGUCAAGGGCUACGCGCCCGAGAGCGAGCUGGAGCGCAGCUGGGGGGAGGCCAAGGUGGACGUGCCCAAGGCGCCCGGGCUCGGCCUGGUGCUGGAGCGUGUGCACUUUGAGAAGUACAACCAGCGCUUCGGCCGCGACGGGCUGCACGAGCCGCUGGACUGGGCGCGGGAGGAGGCGGAGGCCACGGCCUUCAAGGAGCAGCACAUCUACCCCACCAUCAUCAGCACCGAGCGCCACGAGAGGUCCAUGGCCCAAUGGCUGAGCACCCUGCCCGUGCACAACUUCAGCGCCACCGCCCUCGCGGCGGCUGGCCCAGACACCAAGGUCCCCAGCCCCCUGGAAGGCAGUGAAGGGGACGGAGACAGUGACUGAGGCACGGCCACCCCCCGGAGUGUCUUGGAGUUGGCCCACGACUCCUGCACCAGGACCCACCAGCCUGCUGUUGGCUGUUUGCCUCGGCCAGACAGGAGAGCCUGCUGGUGGCCUCCCAACCUCAGGAUCUUGAGACCUGCGUCAUUUUGUUUUCAUCAGGGGGAAAACCUGCUGCGAAUCUAUUUUCAGCUCAUGCGGAUCUAUAUACACCUCGGCGUGUAAAAACACUAUUUUUUUAAAGAAGCGAUUUUCUUAUUAAAUGAGCGCAAACUUUGCUUAGUCA